AUGGAGGGACCGCCGCCUUUCGAGAACUGUGAACUUGUUGAAGAGCGGUCCUCGGUCUUCUCGAUUGAAGAUGACGGCGAACCACCUGACAUCUCGUUGCCCGACGCCGAUUUUGAUAGAGUCAACAAACCCAUGCCAACAACAAAACGACGAGUCGAGACGUUUCAAGAAGUGACCGAAGCGACCACGUCGAUCCCCGAAUACACCACCGAUUUUGAGAUGACACGACCUGAAUGCAAAAAUUCAUCACUACCGCAUACCAAGAAAGCUACAGAAUGCAACGGCCACGUCGACACGCCGAGUCUCUCCGGCAUCAGUGAAACGAUCAACGAGGAUUCGGGGAUAAAUGACACUCUUUCCUCAACCCAGGAGUCGACUGAGAUCAUCACUGCAAUCAGCCAAACGAGUCUUGUUGUCGAAGAAAAUAAUGCGGAAAUCGUGCAAGAAGACGACGAUGCUUUUGGAGAUUUUGCCGAUUUCGCUGAAGCAUCUUCAUCCACGAGUCAACAAUUACCCUUUGAAGAAACUACACAACCAUCUGGAGAUUCGAUAUUCGUUCAUCGAGACCUUGAAAAAGCUUCCGGAGAUGUUGAUGACAAUCAAUGGGCAGCUUUUGGGGAAACGGCAUCGGUAUCGGUAAAUCGUUUUUCCGCCGAAGACGAAUGGGGAGAUUUCGGGGCUGCUGCCGAGCAACCGGCAACAGUGAAAAGUCCUAGACUAACUUCGCGUGCCUCAAUCAACGACGACGAUUGGGAUGAAGCGGAUUUUGUGAGUGCCCCCGUAAUGAAUCGACCCUCGGAAGUUCCAUUGGAAACACAAAUCAACUUGCCGAUUAUUGUCGAUGAAAAGUUGUCGUUAUCGGUUUUUGAAGAUCUGUUGCUAGAAGAGGAUGAAGAACAGAUUCAACUAGACGAAGAUGUGCAUGUCUUUUCGUUACGAGAAAAUUUGGACAAAGAUGCACCUGAAGCAUUAGUUAGCGAGCUCGUUUCAAGGUGUACGGAGAUUUGGCUUGCGCUUCGCAUUGUGGAGAAUGCGAUCUCUCUUCGGCACCAAUUUCCGGCUUCGAUCCUCGAGGCCGCUUUUCACAAAGCUCUACAUGUUGAUAAAAAAAUUCUCCGAAAUCGUGGUAAUGGUGUGUCUCAACUUUUGACCAGCUCUGUACUUAUCCCUACGCCCAUCAAUGAACAAAACCGUGGUGGCCGCCCGGUGACCCUCUCCGCUUUAUCAUCUACUGUAUCCACUGCACAUGCGACAAAUCCAUCUUGGCAAUUACCCAAUGAAAAUCUUUCCGCUUUGUCGACGGCGAAAUCCGACGUUUCAAUGGCCACAACACAGUCUCCUACAAUUUCUUCGGUGGACUCAUUAGCUGUACCGCCGGCUGAUUUCAAUUGGGCCGACUCGGGAUUGACGAAUCCGUUGAAAGCAAAAGGUUCAACUCCAUCAACAACCCUUCUCGAUAUCGAUUUCUUCGCGGCGAAUGGCCCAGUGACGAAUAUUUCGAGUGCGACUACUCUUGAAAAGGAUCUUGAUGAGUUGGGAUUGUCUUCGGUGGGAAGCUCCUCGAAAAAUGAUCAUAGCCCAAAGCCAACAACUCAACAAAGUGGCGGUGUUUUGUCAAGUCUAUUGGGUGGGAAUCUCGGCGGCACCUCUUCCUCAUCUUUUUCUAAUCAUCGUCCUCCACUUGCAAUCUCCGAAUUAUCAUUAGAUGCUCGUGCUCUUCAUGAUCAAUUACCUGAUAUCGAUUUUCUUCGUUCUCGAAUAAUUAUGUUCCCCAUUGGUGGCCUCAAUCCGAAAUACAACAAUAGCCCCAAAAAA